UUUUAUUUUAUUUUUUAUGUAUUCAUACUAAACUAAACUAUAUUUUAUUUUAUUAUUAUUAUUAUUACUUAUAUUUUAAACUUUUUUAAAGAUUUCAUUUAUAUUACAUUCUAUUUUUAUUUUACAUGUUCACUUCAUAUGUAUACUCCGAAAAAUCAACAGAGUCUAGUCUUUUAAUAUUCAUCAGCCUGGCGUUCGCCAUCGGAAGACCUCCGAGCAACGUCAGCAAGAUCUAAUUAAUAUCAAUGAGCAAACCCGGCCUUUGAAUGUCUUGCCAAGCUGUGACGGAGCUUCGCGUUAUACGCAUGCUCAAAGAUGCGUAAGCAUUGGACAGGUUGUACGUUCGUGUGAGAACAUAUGGGCAGGGAUCCAGUUUUUACCCCUAUGACUGCCCUCAGCUUGCGUUCUCCAUAAUGGCCCCUUCCUCUUGUCGUUGUUGCUGUCUCUGUUCCCGACUAUGCUCAAGAUCUUCAGCCUAAACCUUGGCUCUGGGCCUGGGUUUCGUCACCUUGGGAACCAGUCGCAUCCUAUUACUAAAAUUCUCAGCCAAUGAAGAUAACAAAUAUGACUUUCUUCCUGCCUCUGUGAAUUUAAUGGCAGAGGCCAUCAAACUAGUAUUUUGUUUAGUGAUGUCAGUACGGGUGGUCAUUCAAGAGGGUAGCUCUUAUAAAGAUUUGGGAUGUGCCUCUGGUGCCUCUUUUCUCAGUUACUUGAAAUGGUCUGUCCCUGCAUUCCUCUACUUCCUCGACAACCUUAUAAUCUUUUAUGUGAUGACCUAUCUGCAACCUGCCAUGGCUGUAUUGUUUUCCAAUAUUGUUAUUUUUACAACAGCCAUUCUUUUCCGAGUGGUUCUAAAGAGGCGCUUGUCAUGGGUACAGUGGACAUCUUUGAUCAUUCUGUUCCUGUCCAUUGUGUCGCUGACCACUGGCAAUGGUGACCAGCAUGCCAUUGCUGUACAUGGCAUCCACCCAGCCCACAUUUCCACCCUCUCCAACAGCUGCCUGAAAUACGCCCAUCCCAGGUUAGAGCAACAGAACCAUACCGAAUCAGAGUGGAUGAAUGGCUUGUCACGUGAGCUGUGGGACAGCCAGCUCAUCCACAAGCUGAACAGCUUUGGCUUGGGAUAUGUCCUACUGCUGUUGCAGUGCUUCAUAUCUGCACUGGCCAACAUCUACAAUGAGAAGAUCCUCAAGGAGGGGGAGCAGCUGGUGGAGAGUAUCUUCAUCCAGAACAACAAGCUGUAUGUCUUCGGUCUGAUCUUCAACAGCCUCACAUUGCUCCUGCACUCUGAUUACCGUGAUUUAACGCUGCACUGCGGCCUCCUCUAUGGCCACAACGUCUUCUCCAUUGCUCUGGUCUUCGUCACCGCUGCUCUAGGUCUCUCUGUGGCUUUCAUCCUCAAGUUUCGUGAUAACAUGUUCCAUGUGCUGAUGGGCCAGAUCACCACAGUGAUCAUCACUGCGCUCUCACUCUUCCUUUUUGAUUUUAGGCCAUCAAAGGAUUUCUUCCUGCAGGCGCCUGUAGUUCUGCUAGCCAUCUUUAUCUACCACAGCAGUAGACUGAAGGAUCCAGAUUACACUCUGCAACAGGAGAGGCUCAGGGUCAUCAAUGGUGAAGUGUUUGAGAGGUCAAGAGGGGAUGGAGAAGAGUUGGAGAGACUAACCAAGGCUGACACAGACAGCGAUUCAGAAGAAGAGUCUUUUUAAGUCGGUUUUGAACCCAUCUCUGUAAAUACUUUGUAAAUAUUCUGGAAUCAGCGUGUAUAUGCAUAAUGUGUAUUAUAGUUAAUUAAGAAUCUAAAUAUGUACUGCAUUGUUUCAGUUACAUGGAAUGUCCUAGAGACACCAAAAGGGAUCAAAGAGUUAUUAUUAUUAGCAUUCUCUUACAAACUGUCCAUGUAAUUAUUAUGAGAAUGUAUUAACCUCAUUAAGUUUGAUUAUGAUUGUGAAGAUAUUACUGCUUUCAUUACAUUUUGGUUAGACUGUUCUUCAUUGCUUCAUAGUUAAUAUGAAUAUGGAUACAUAAGGUAUUAAGAAAUCAUUCUAUUUUUACUAUACUACUCU